UUUUUUAAUCUCUUUCAUGCACUGGAAUCGAUUCGAACUCUCUGGUUGUUCCCUUACAAAUAACUGCCAUUUCUCAACCUUGCACAGAGCUUGGCAUUUUCAGUCGAGUCUUUCUCGUUCACUGUUUUUUUUAGCUUAAGAAUCAGUUUCUGACCAUGGCGAAAAACAUUCUGGUCACCGGUGGUGCUGGGUACAUCGGCAGCCACACUGUUCUUCAGCUCUUGUUAGGUGGAUUUAAGGUUACUGUUAUCGAUAAUCUUUAUAACUCCUCCGAGGUCGCCAUUGAAAGAGUGAAAGAACUAGCUGGUGAAUUCGGUAGUAAUCUCGACAUUUACCAGAUUGACCUACGAGAUAAACCAGCCCUGGAGAAACUUUUUGCUUCAACCAAUUUUGAUGCUGUUAUUCACUUUUCUGGAUUGAAAGCUGUUGGUGAGAGUGUUCAGAUGCCCUUGCUUUACUAUAAUAACAACAUUAUCGGCACAAUUAAUCUCUUAGAAGUCAUGGGUGCUCAUGGGUGCAAAAAGCUUGUGUUUUCAUCAUCUGCCACUGUUUAUGGAUGGCCGAAGGAGGUUCCAUGUACAGAAGAGUUUCCCCUAGCAGCAACAAAUCCAUAUGGGCGAACCAAGCUUUUCAUUGAAGAAAUAUGCCGUGAUAUCUAUCGGUCAGACUCUGAAUGGCAAAUCAUACUACUUAGAUACUUCAAUCCCGUUGGAGCUCACCCGAGUGGCUAUAUCGGGGAAGAUCCCCGUGGAAUUCCUAACAAUCUUAUGCCAUUCGUACAGCAAGUUGCUGUAGGCAGGCGACCUGCAUUGACUGUAUUUGGAAAUGACUAUAACACAAAGGAUGGUACUGGGGUACGUGAUUAUAUUCAUGUUGUUGACUUGUCAGAUGGACAUAUUGCUGCAUUGCAAAAGCUCUUUGACUCCAAUAUAGGUUGUGAAGUCUAUAACUUAGGAACUGGAAAGGGAACAUCUGUCUUGGAGAUGGUUGCUGCAUUUGAGAAGGCCUCUGGAAAGAAAAUCCCUCUGGUUAUGGCUGGGAGACGGCCAGGUGAUGCUGAGAUAAUUUUUGCAUCCACAGAGAAGGCAGAGCGGGAGCUAAACUGGAAAGCAAAGUAUGGGAUUGAUGAGAUGUGCCGGGAUCAGUGGAACUGGGCCAGCAAGAACCCCUAUGGUUUUGGAUCUAGUGACUUUACUAAUUAAUCAUAAUUUGUUUGUAACAAUAUUUUGAUAAUAUAGAUCUUUUCUACUUUUUCUCUUCACACACCCCCCACCCCCCUUCUAUUGUACCCAUGGAUUGAGUGGCGGGCAGUUGUAAUACCAGCUUCAUCUGUAUCUUCCGUCAGAAUAAUGUGGUAAUGAGCUCUCUGCGCCAUUGCUUGUUAUUGCUUGGUUGAGAGAAAUGAGGUUUGUGAUGCAGCAUACAGAAAGCUUUCUAUGA